ACUUCUAUCCCGUUGACUAGUAGCAGUUAUUCAGUCACUAGUGCGCAGGCGCCACUCAGUCUUAGGUGUUGUGGCGAUGUAUGCACCUGCGAAUGCAUCAAGAAAUCGGAAAAUCCUAGGUCUUCGUAGAGGUCCUCCUAAUUCCUUAGAUCCCAUUGAAGGACGUGGAGACGGCAAUUCUACCAGUAAAAGGCCCACCGUCGGGCACCAUACCGCGGCAAUGAGGUGCGGGCAUGGCUGUGUGGUUAAGAAGUUCACUCCCCAACCAUGUGAUUUCAGGUUCAGUAUCACUACACAGCACCUUGGCUCUCAAAAAUCUGUAUUUAAUGGGAAGCGAGCUGUGAGUGUGCAUCGACAGAAUAGCUACCCAUCAGAGUCGCAGUCUCAACACGACGAUAUUGUUAAAUAUUUAACAGAUUCUUGGAACAAAGUAGUUUCUGAACCUGACAGCAGGCAUCCCAGAGACAACAAGGCUUGGAGCAGGUUUUCUCAUGACAUGGAUAACAGACAUCAAAGAAUUAUAAAAUCUUCUAAUCCUACGUGGUACAAAGAAAAAUGUCCAAACCCACAAAUGGAGAAUUUCAAACCUUUUGAUUUGGAUAAAUGGUGUAACCAACGAACAUUAGAGAAACCACGUGGGACCACGUGACUUGUUCUUAACCCAUUCCUCUCUGCCCUGGAUUCCACUUUCUCCAUUUUUCUUUGACUUUUCUAUACAUAUAAAUAUAUUUUUUUUUUUUUUUUAUCUACCAAUACAGACAGACACCAUCAGUGUCGGCUUUGGUGCUGGUGUCCUCUUUUACCUUAUGUAUGAUAUGAUAAUACAGUUCCCAUUAACAACCAGUGGGAACAUUGUUGGCAAGAGUGAACAACACCAAGUCAAACAGCAGCAAAUUCUGUCUUUAUUUCUACCAUUCUAGAGAAAAGGAAGAAACAGUGUAAAAGAGUGCAAGUCAGAUAGAGAGAAAUUGAAUGGUAAUGAAAAAGCAAGAGAGAGAGAGAGAGAGAGAAAGAAAGAGAGAUGGGGAAACUGAGAAAGUGAGUGAGUGAGUGAGAGUGAAAAGGGGGAGACAAAAUUAAAAAAAAAAAAAAAACAUUUUAUCCUCUUUGAAAAUUGGCACCGCCUGUUACUGAUGCAUUGAUAGUGCGGUAGUGUUUUUAAAGAAAAUCAAGCAGUGGCAAAUUGUAUGAUUGGAUUGGUCGACAUAGCUAGCCUCUUCCUUCUUUAUAAACACGCAUACACAAAUAGACAUAUAUAUAUACACACAUGUACACCUGUUUAGCAACAUAACAACUUGUACAACAUCAACAGUUAUUAAUAUUAAAAUUACAAAUUUCACAAUUUCUUAUCCAGCCUUCUUAAUUCUUUUUUUUGUUAUUUUCCUCUCUUAUUCUUCUUCAAUUUGUAAAGAUACAUUUGAGUAUCGUACGUCUGACAGCAUUUUAUUUCUAAUUUCUUGUAUUUCUAAUAAUAAAAUUUAUUGAUUUGAA